GGCGCGGUCGCUAAGCCAGAAGCGGAGUCGCGGGCGCGGGGCGGGGCCUGGACCCGGAGGGCGGGUCCCUGGGCCUCGUAGCUCCCGGGCCCGGACGCGCGCUCGCGGGCCCGCGCGAGGACGCGCUCCGGGGACGCGCGAGGACGCCGUGGCGGGAGAAGCGUUUCCGGUGGCGGCGGAGGCUGCACUGAGCGGGACCUGCGAGCAGCGCGGGCGGCAGCCCGGGGAAAGCGUCUGGGACCAUGUCUGGAGAACUACCACCAAACAUUAACAUCAAGGAACCUCGAUGGGAUCAAAGCACUUUCAUUGGACGAGCCAAUCAUUUCUUCACUGUAACUGACCCCAGGAACAUUCUGUUAACCAACGAACAACUAGAGAGUGCGAGAAAAAUAGUACACGAUUACAGGCAAGGAAUUGUUCCUCCUGGUCUUACAGAAAAUGAAUUGUGGAGAGCAAAGUACAUCUAUGAUUCAGCUUUUCAUCCUGACACUGGUGAGAAGAUGAUUUUGAUAGGAAGAAUGUCAGCCCAGGUUCCCAUGAACAUGACCAUCACAGGUUGUAUGAUGACGUUUUACAGGACUACGCCGGCUGUGCUGUUCUGGCAGUGGAUUAACCAGUCCUUCAAUGCUGUCGUCAAUUACACCAACAGAAGUGGAGACGCGCCCCUCACUGUCAAUGAGUUGGGAACAGCUUACGUUUCUGCAACAACUGGUGCUGUAGCAACAGCUCUAGGACUCAAUGCAUUGACCAAGCAUGUGUCACCACUGAUAGGACGUUUUGUUCCCUUUGCUGCCGUAGCUGCUGCUAAUUGCAUUAAUAUUCCAUUAAUGAGGCAAAGGGAACUCAAAGUUGGCAUUCCUGUCACGGAUGAGAAUGGGAACCGCUUGGGGGAGUCGGCAAACGCUGCGAAACAAGCCAUCACGCAAGUUGUCGUGUCCAGAAUUCUCAUGGCAGCCCCUGGCAUGGCCAUCCCUCCAUUCAUUAUGAACACUUUGGAAAAGAAAGCCUUUUUGAAGUUCCAUGUCUGUGACAAGCUUGGAGGCCGAGUUGCAAGCUAAGAUCCAAGAGAGCCACCCUGAAUUGCGACGUGUGUACUUUAAUAAGGGACUGUAAAGCAGGGAGGAGACCUCUGCAGCUCAUUCUGCCACUGCAAAGCUGGUGUAGCCUUGCUGGUGAGAAAAAUCCUGUUCACCCUGGGUUCUCCCAGUUACAGAAACCUUUUAAAGAUCCACAUUAGCCUUUUAGAAUAAAGCUGCUACUUUAACAGAGCACCUGGCGUGGGCCAAGUGCCUGAUACUUCCUUACAUGGAAUCACGUUAUGAUUUAUAGAAAUACCCUUCUUGUAGCUUUUAUAGUCAUUGUUUUUCAAAGACAAUAUACCAGGCCUCACCCCGAGUUUUAAAAAAAGCACUGGUAGACAUAGAAUAGGUGCUCAGUAUAUGGUCAGUAAAUGUUCUAUUGAUUAUCAAUCCGUGAAAAGAGAAAUCUGUUUAAAAUACUGAAUUUUCAUCUCACUCCUAUUGCAAAUCAAGGAGAUCUCAGCAGUGAACUGGGAAAAUACAAAAGCUCUGGGCUAAUCUAUAAAAACUUACCCCAAAAUAUUAAGAGCAGUUUGCUUCUAGUUUGGGGACUGUGCUGGCCCAAUGAAGGUGAUGAAGUUUUUGUAUUUGGAGGGUAAAAGCUCCUUCACACCCCUUCCAAAAGUCAGUCACAGACCUCUGCAACAUGCCUUCCCCUCUGGGUCAUUAUAUACAUUCAGAUCGUGGGUGGAUUGCCUUGGUUGACUUUUAAUUUACUGUUUCAUGUUCUUAUAAAGAUGAUAAUCUUACCUUGCAGUUAUUGACUUUAUAUUCAGUUAUUUACAUCAAAUAAUGAAAUAACUGAAAUGUACAAAUGUCAAAUUUUGGAAGUAUAUUCAAUACCCAUGCUGUAUGAGUGGGCUGAAUCCAGUUCAUUGGUUUUUUUGGUAAGAAGUGAGACUACAGUUCCAGCUACCUACAUGUCUUUUCUUGUCAUCCUUAUAGAUCUCUUUGGCUUUCAAAGAUACAGCGAUAAUGUGUAUAUGAAUCAGUCACAGUGAAUUUUACUUGAAUAUUGUAUGUUGCAUUCCACUUCAUUUGAAAAUAAUGAAACCAUGUACCACUGUUUACAUCAUCUGUAGUGAUUUCACAGAUAAUAUAUUUAAUAUAACAGA